AUGGCGGCACUACGCGUAACAUGGGGGGGGGGGGGGGGGGGGGGGAAACGGGGAGCGGGCCGGUUGCGGAGUUUUCUUUCUUCCGUGCCAAGGCCGCAAACCGAUUACAAAUACUCCAAACGACGGACACGCCACACGCGAAAGCAAACCCCAGCAACCGACCGAAGAAGAUCGAUCGAGUCGGCGACAACGAUGGCGGCGCUCCGGCACGCGGCGAGGAGGCUCUGCGAGCGUGCGCUCCAGCAGCGAGGAGCGCUCCAGCAGCGAGGAGCGCAGGCAAGGUCUUCGUUCGUGGCGGACGAACCUCGGCGGCUCUUGCUAAACGGCACUUCCCCUGGCCGCCGGCUCAUGUCUAACUCCUCCAUCGGUGGCAAGCCGGCAUCUAGGGCAGAGGCAAAGGGCGAGCUGGAAUUGCUGGAAUGGCAAUUCAAGAAGAAGAAAGAGGAGUUGUUUGAUUUGCUCAUAGCGGUCAAAUGUUCAGAUCUUUACCCACAGUUGUCUUGGAAAGACAUCGAAACUCAUCGGCUCAUCAGUCACCUUGCUUCUCAAGUGGAGCCUAGGCCUCAUGACCCAAUUUGGCGCAGGUUUCGACGAACAAGAAGACUCAACGAGUUUAACACUAUAUGUGCUUUUCUGGUAUUAUAUGGUCAGCUGUUCGCCUACUGGGUCCAAACUAACAUCAGAGAAUAUGGCGCUGCAAGCAAGAAUAGUGAAGCCAAUUCCGUCUCCGAGCCAAAGAACGAUAUGAACUAGCUUUAUAUCACAAGUCUAGAAAGCUUAUGUUGCAAACUACUCCCUUCGUUCCAAAACAAGUGUCGUGGUUUUAGUUCUGAACUUUGUAUUACAAGUCUAGAAAGUCUCCUGAGCGUAUGUAAUCAGUAAUACUACAUCUAGUUGUAGUUUUAGGUUUUGCUGGAUGCUUGCAACGUUUAUGGAAUCAGCCUGAAGUUGGAGUGGUUGUGCAAGUCGUUUUAUAUUAACUUCUGCGCGACGAAAGAGAACAUAAAAUCCAGCGAUGUCUUUAAGAUAACUUGUCAUGUUUAUUUCUUCGAGCA